CUACUAUAUAACAAAUAAUUUGAGAUAACGAUAAUGUAGAAGCUGUUAUUUGAAAGAUAAUUGCCUCCCCACUAACAUGGCUGACCCUACUCCGCCCAACUUUCACUUAUCUUACGAGAAACUUAAGAAGCUUGCCGAGGAACUGAGAGGAGGCGGUGAUAAAGAUGCAGACUAUUGGGCCUGGAGGAAGGGAGGAGGCAGUGACAGCAGCUCUGAAGAAGAUGACUUCAUGAAGUGGAUCAGCAACAAACGAAACGGCAAACCGGAUGGAAACAGAAACGAUGAUAGGAACAGAAAACAGGACGGGAAAAGGAAUUCAAACAGGGGCAAUGAAAGAUCUAUCCAGAACAGAGUAAGUGAAAACGGUCCUAGAAGCAGCUACCGGAGACAACCACGUGACAAAUCUCCAGACGAAUCACGUGGCAGACCACGUGACAGACCACGUGUUAAAUCAGGUGAAUCCUCGCUAGAAGAACGUGACAAGUCCGUGGAGAGUGGGGAACGAGAAGAUCCAAAACAUCCGACAAAACGAGAACGGAGAAGGAGGAAGAAAAUGGAUGACCACAGUCCAGUGGGAGAUCGACAACCCGCACUGUGGGAUCCAGGUGACUGGGAGAAAGGACCACGCCCUUAUCUACACGGUAUAAAGAGAGACUCACGCACGGCUAAAGGGGGUGGUGUGAUAAAGCUACCCUCUAAGAUUAAGUACCCAGAGGAUGGCGGCAGACAUGCACCAGUCGGGGAAGUCAGGACUAAUUCUUCACAGGGAGGUGGAGGACCAAACGACUUCAUCUACUCUGACUCGGGAAGUGACAGUGAUGGUAACUUUACUGAGGAGUACUCUGCAGCAGCUGCAAUAUCACCUCAACUUAACUCAUCUGUUUUGAACGUGAUUGGUAUAGAGAAGAGGAUUGAGAAAUGUGCUAUUGAAGCUACUCAAUGUUCCAGUACUUUUUGUAAAGAAUCGUGUAAUAAGUUUCUGGGGGAAGGGAUGCGAAAAAGAAACUCUCUGGAUGUUUUAUACGAAUCUUUUGAAGAACACCAUACAGAAAUAAUACACUUGCGGCAAGAACUAGCGUGUGUAGUGUCGUGUGGAAUGAUGUACGACCUGGACAUUUGCCAAGAUUUACAAGCUGAGAGCGUCCUUUGGAAGAACAUUUUCUAUCUUCUGAUACAAUACUAUCGAAAUAGCAUUACCAAUAGUAACUCUGAUAGUGUGAAAGCCACUCUGAGUCAGCAGCUGGAAGAACAUAUUGGAGAAGGAAUCUCGUUCUACAACAUGCUUAUUAGACAAAUCCAGAAACGGUACAAGGUGAAUUACAAGCACCACACGACCGGACACAAUAGAAGUCAGGUCUUGGCUCUCCUACUCCUUCAUAAACUCUUCCUUUGGAUCGGAGACUUAUACAGGUAUUUGUCGCAAACACGAGAUACUGACGAGUGGGGACAAGCUAGAAACUAUUACCUGCUUGCUCAGACCUUAGCUCCCAGGAACCCUCGCCCAUAUCACCAGCUAGCACUGUUAGGAAAAUACGCACACAGACGACUCCACGCUGUCUAUUACUUUACCCUCUCCUUGCUCGUCAGAAACCCUUUCUCACAGUCCAAAGAGUUGUUGUUGGCUGUGUUAGCAGAGUUGCGAAGGAAAGCUCUCCUCCUUCAAAGAAGAGAUGAGGAUAGGAGCAAGAGAAACCAAAUCCUGCCAGGUUCAAAAGAAGUGUACAGCAACAAGGUGAUAGAAUGGGUGUUUGAACAGUCGGGUGAUCAAUCUCUCAGCAUACCACCUCCUGAUCUUAGAAAACGGUUUGUGGUGUACCUCCUUUCCUGUCUUGGAGGAUUCCUAUCAAAUAUUGAUCUGGACAGAGUAGACUCAGAGUUUCAGUGUUUCUUGAAAUUCUACCGACACUAUAUCAAACUUACCUCAUUCGAAUCGGACGAAGUGUAUGUACAGUUGUUUGUAGUCCAGCUCUACACAAUACACAAAUCCUCGCAUUCCGCACGUGCUAUUGAAAUGUUGGAGCAGUUCCUCAUUCCUUCCCUCGAUCUAUCCUUCAUUUCCGCAACAGAACAGGGAGACGAAUGGCUGUGUAACACACACUCGCCCUUAUCUCUCAUAUUCCUCUUAUCUCAAUCCUCGGAAAUAGACAGUGAUGUUAUCGAGAAAUUCAGUGUGAUGUUCAAGAAGAAACUGAUAGAUUGGUUAAACGUUCUACAAAGUGCAAUCACGAGAUACAGAAAAUACACUGAUUUUACCGAAGAGAGUGUGGUUCUGAAAGAGGUCACCAUGCUGCGUGGUAUAGAGCUGUUAUCAUCGUUACAGAACAUAACAAAACCUUUCUAUCUUAACAACCUGACAAGAGAACAGAGCGAAGAUCUCGGCAGAGCUGUUCUGAUUGUGAGUACAUUUGAAAAGUUAGCAGCAAAUCUAACAUUCCUUGGAUGCACCGAGAGCAGAAACUUUGAAUACUUGGACAGCAAAACUGAACAGAUCGUAACGAAGAGUGAAAUUGAUGUGAAAGAGGGUGAAACAGUUGAUGCUAUGAAUGAAGAAGGAGUUGUUUUAGAAGAGGUGGAGUUAGGGAAGGCAGCUGAAUUGAGUGACGAAGACAGUGGAUCAGAUUUAGAGAUAAUAUCGGUCAUGAAGAUUACUCAUAAAACGGGUGAAGGCGAGGGCGCCCAGAGUGCUACUAACAAUGUUGAAGCGGAUACCAAAUUUGCUGAAGAAGAUACUGAAGUUACUGAGGAAGAUACUGAAGUUGCUGAACUCUUGGAAAAGAAAGGGAAACUUCUUCAGACAUUGCAGGAUAAACAAGACAGGAAAGACGAAAUGGAGGCAGCAGUAAAGCAGAUCCAAGGAAUGCGAAUCAGGAUCACAGUCAAACCAAAAUACAUCAUCCCUGACACAAACUGUUUCUUAGAUACUCUAGAUAAGAUGCAACGUCUAGUAAUGAGCUCGUACAAGCUGCUAAUACCUCUAGUGGUGUUGGAUGAGAUAACAGGAUUGUGUAAGAGUAGCAAUAAGGGUGAGAGAGCCGCUCAGGCCCUGGAUUCAGUUAACAAAUUCAUUGCUGACAAAUCAGUAGCACUCUUAACUUCAAAGGGCUCUAUCCUGGAAAGCAGAGAGUUCAAAGAAGAGAGAGCGAGACAAAGUAACGACGAUCUGAUUCUAAACGGUGUUCUCAGUCUCAGUGAAUCUACUGGUCACACAGCGAAAAUGGCAGGAACACAGCACAUAACGCGAGUAGUAGUAUUCCUUACAGAUGACAGUAAUCUCCGUGUAAAGGCCCACAGCUACAACCUCGCGGUCCAGACCAUAAGUGACUUCUUGAUGUGUGCUAAGUUGUGAAUUACUGUUUUUCAGACUUUUUUGUCCUGUUGUUGCUGGGCGAGAAAUUGUUAAUCGGGAAAUUAAUUCGAUUUUUAGUGAUUUUGAUAACUUAAUAUUUGGGUCGUGUUUGUAUUUUUGCAAAUUAUACAUUGAAUAAUCAAACCAAAUAUGUUUUCUAUACAUGCAACAUGAGUGAAUUUUUAGUCGGUUUACUGUUAUAUUUUUUCUGAUUCACGCUUUUGCUCAAAAUCUGUUU